AUGUUUGAAGAAAAGAAGAAGUUCAUGGACGAUUUUGAGUUCUUACCUGAUGAGUUGAGAGGACGAACUUCGUACAGUACUGACGUUCAGGGAGCUCCUCCGACUUGUGCCUCUGCCAGAUUUCGCUUUUCUGGUGAUUCUGCACCCUCCUCCUCCUUGACGUCGAUUUCAAACCCAUUCGUGAACCAACCGUCUCGCAAAAACAUGAACACAACAGCUGGUUUGUGUCAGAAUCUCAGUAAAAUGGGUAUCUCCGACGAUGAAGAAAGGAGUAGUUUCACCGGAUCCCAUCCUCCUUUUCUGGAAAAUCUUCAUGGAUGUUUCAGAUUGACACUUGGUGGUUCUUCUCAUCGUCAAAGUCUAACGCAGAGCUCUCACGGUGACAACAGUCGCAUGCUUGGAUUGCUUGCUCGGGAAGACUACUUCCCUAACAACCACAUACGAGGCUUUACAGAGAACACGUCACGUCGAAACAGAGAUUACUACCACCUCUUCGAGGAGCAGGAACAAAACCCACGACGACACAUUUCUCUUUCAGCAGUGAGAGGAGUUUCUUCUAAAUGCAUGAAGGAAGCUUUGUCUCCAGAUCUUGUGUCCGUGCUUGGAAUCUACGGAUCUGUCUACCUAACUGCAAAAGAUCAGAUGGGUUGUCGGUUUUUACAGAAACUGAUGGAAGAAAGAAGCUCCCUUGAUGUUAUGGUUAUAUUCAGAGGAUUGAUAAAUCAUGUCAUCGAACUUGGAAUGGAUCAGUUUGGGAAUUUUCUCAUACAAAAGCUUAUCCUAAUCUCCAACGAAGAACAGAGAACAAAAAUCCUCAUCAACCUGACCUCCACACCUGGCUUGCUUAUCGAAAUCUCCCUCCACAACUAUGCGACAAGAGUUGUGCAGAAGCUGAUUGAGACAGUGAGAACAAAGACAGAAAUCAAUCUGGUUAAGUUAGCUCUUAAACCGGGUUUGCUCUCUCUCGUUAGAGAUUUAAAUGGAAAUCAUGUUAUUCAAAGUUGCUUAAAAUUCCUUUCCCCUGAAGAUAACAAGUUCAUUUUGGAGGGUGCUACCAGGUUCUGUGCCACAAUUGCAACUCAUAAACAUGGAUGUUGUGUGCUGCAACACUGCGUUAAAUACUCAGUUGGUGCGGAACGUGAGAAUCUCAUUGCUGAAAUAGCCAGAAACUCUCUCCACCUUGCACAAGACCCUUUCGGGAACUAUGUGGUGCAAUACAUAAUAGAGCAGAACUUAGGGGGAGUAAAUGUAAUGUUUGAGUUAAAAGGGAAUUAUGUGAGGUUGGCUACACAGAAGUUUAGUAGUCAUGUGGUGGAGAAAUGUCUUAUACAUUAUCCAGUGAGUAGAUCCCAGAUCGUCCGCGAGCUCGUCUCUGUUCCAAACUUCGAGCGUCUUCUUCAGGACCCCUUUGCUAAUUAUGUUAUCCAGUCCGCUCUAUCUAAAGCUAAGGGCUAUGUUCGGGCGAGCUUGGUGGAUAAAGUACGUACAUUUGGAAACCUUAAGAUGAAUCCAUAUUGCAAGAGGAUAUUCUCCAAGAGCCGCCACUUGAGGAAAUGAUCAUAAC